UGGCUAUAGCUUAAAAGUGAAAAACUGGCUGUGAUGGCAGGAGGCCCCCCUAGCAUCAAGGAGGAGAUGGAAACAUCCCUGGCUGAAGAGCGGGUUCCUGGAAGCUGUGUGCAAAACCAACAGCACCUGGUGAUAGCAGAAAUGACGGAGCAUGGAUCCCAGUCCCUGGGUGCCUCUCAGCGGCGACAAAAGUUGGAUGCAAAGCCUGCUGGCUUUGCUGCAGGUCAACCGGUUUGGAAUAUGACUGCCACCCGGCCCAAGAAAACGGGGUCCCAGCUGCCAAUGCCCAGAAUGUUGAGAGAACCAGGCCAUGGUGGUGCGCACCCCCAGGAGUGUCCUGGUGGCUUCCAAAACAUGAGGUUCCAUUAUGAGCGCAACAUAGACGCAGAUAUGGUGGCAGAGAUUGGCCUGGAAGAGCUAAAUGGACUGGAGAUGGAAGUCAUGAGAAGGCAGAUGCACGUGAUCACCAGCCGGCUGCGAGACCUGGAGGACCAGGGUGCCACCUGGCGCCACAGGGAUGCUCUGUUCUUCACCAUGCUGGUGUCGGUCUGCGUUGCCAACCUGUGGCUGUGGAUGCGCCAGUGA